AAAAUCAUUUACUAAAUACGUACUCCGAGGCAGACUUAGUGAUUAUAUUCUCUAAUCUCUCUGCUUUUUACAUUGUCUGUGAAUGUGGUUGUUGCAUCACCGUUUUGCUUCUGAGUGAAUUUUUAGCUAAAAGAUAAAAUGUCCGAUAAAGUGAUGCCUGUGGUGAAGGCGGAGGAAGCAGAGGAAGAAGAAUUAGUGGAUCCUCAGCAAGCACUACGAGAUGAGUGCAGCCAGAAACCUGAUGCCCAGAAUUUGUGGGGAAAGUACCAGGAGUGCAAUGACCGUGUUAACUCCCGUUCAAACACUGCAGAAACCUGUGAAGAGGAGCUGAUUGACUACAUACACAUCCUUGAUAAAUGUGUGAACAAGGACCUUUUCAAAAGGCUAAAGUAGAAUUUUAUUUAGACUUACUAUGAAUUCUGCCACUUGUGGUAGAACAACAAAUGGUUAGUUUCAUUACUUUGCCAUUUAUUUAUAUCUGCAUUAUGGUGGGUAUGUAGAUCAUUAGUAAAUUAUUUUACCAAAUAUUUUAAAUCAGUGUUGAAGUUUAAUGUUUUUUUGUAAAUAAAUAAUA